CGUCCUUUUUAUUAUUUUAUUUAUUUAUCCAUUUAUUUAUUGUUAUCUCGACACACUUGCAUUUUGCAUCUUCUGGAUAUGCCGCAUUUUUUCCCAGGAGGAACUGUGCUGUUUCCGGUGUGGCGUGGAGGAGGGGCCAGUGGCGGUGGCGGCAGCGGCAGUGGUUGGAGUCAGGGAUGGGCCUGGGGGCGCUGUCUAAGGUGGGAGCCUGCGGGAGCCGGAGAUGGGUCCCAGAGCCCAGCAUUUGACUGCCCCAUCUGGUGUGUCCUUUGUCGAGGAGGACGGGCCCGGCUCAGAGAGGCCUGUCAGAGAGGCCGGGGUGCCAUCAAACUGCCCACUGUCAUGCUCAGUAUCAAACUCCCAGAAGUCUUUGACAUCCAUCAGGUCCCCAAGGUGUUCAGGGAGGAUGGCAUUAUCUCGGGUUACCGUCACCCCCGCAGCUCGGCCAUGGACUGCCUACUGAGCAGCUUCCAGAUGAACAACGAGACGGUCAACAUCUGGACCCAUUUCCUACCAACCUGGUUCUUCCUGUGGCGCUUCAGCGUCCUCUGCUCCAGCUUGAACUUCCUGACAGACAGCUACACGUGGCCACUGCUGGUCUACAUGCUGCUGAUCUGCGUGUACCCGUUCACAUCCAGCUGUGCACACGUCUUCAGCACCAUGUCACCAGAGUCACGCCACAUCUGCUACUUCUUCGACUAUGGAGCGCUCAGCCUGUACAGCCUAAGUUGUGCGAUAACUUAUGCGUCCUACAUCAUGCCAGACUGCUGGGUCAACACAUGGCUACAUCAACAUUUCAUCCCCAUCGCCAUUGGGAAUUCCUUAUUCUGCACCAGCUUGUCGUGCUACUCCAGGUUCCUGGAGAUGCAGUUUCCACAGAAAAGUAAAGUCCUUCGCACAGGAGCGUUUGUCGUUCCAUUCGUGUUCGACACAAUGCCACUGUUCUACAGACUGUUGCUGUGCUGCGGGGGGAGCUGUAGCUCCAGCGAGGCCUUGUCUUAUCACUGUUACCAUCUCCUCUUUGCUUUCCUCACCUGCUUCCUGUUCGCCUCCCACCUCCCGGAGAGGCUGGCGCCGGGGCGCUUUGACUACUUUGGCCACAGCCACCAGCUCUUCCACAUCGCCGCUGUUGUAGGAACACACUUCCAGAUGGAGGGCGUGAUGGCCGACAUGACCUCUAGAAGGGUUUGGCUGAUUUCCCACGGAGCCUUGCCAACGUUUCUGGGCACGAUCGGGGCACUGGUCGUCGGCCUCAUACUCAACCUGGGCAUUAUUGGCAUUUUCAGCGCUCCCCUACUGUGCAGCCCCUGCCAAAGUGCCAGUCCGCAGCCGCAGAGCGCCCAACACAAACACAAGGAGUAACCGGGAGUGACGCUCAAAAUGGCCGCAGGCUUUCCAGUGGCAGCGGGCAGGCCGUACCAUUUAGUCUUUUAAUGUUUGGGAUGACCAUAGUUUAUGUAGCAGUUGUUUAACAUCGUCAUGGUUUUAACAUUUAAGGAUAUUUUUGAUACAUUGUUCUUGAUGCUGAAGCGUUUUUGUUUCUUUUAACAGCAUCACACUUUUAAGUGUUUGUCCAUGUGUUCAUGGUUUACCUGGAAGCUGAGGACCCAGUUUUGCUUUUGAAGCCUUUAGAUUAUUUAACAUUGAGUUUACAGCUUGGAUUGGAGUAGGUGUACAUACGUAUGCCCACUGGGUACAAAUGUCUCAGUCUAAUUUAUUUGCAUAUCUCGUAGAAGCUGCACU